UUUACGUGAUCUCCUUUAAUCUUUAAAACAGAGUUUUCUUUGUUGCAACGACAGGUUUAUUCAUUUUAUUUUCGUGUCCCUCAUUGUCUGCUUUUCCUGACGCACUAAUUCAACGCAUUUCCCAGCAGAGAUCACUGCGAGACCGCAGGUCGGGAGGAUGACAGCACGAGUGUACCGCUCAUUGAUGGCUGUUUUAUCAUGUCUGUCUGGAAACUUGAUCAUAACAGAAGCCACAUUUGGCUUCCCAACAAUGGUGUUCGGUUUCUGUCCGAUGAAGCUGACGGUAGUGCCGUCUCGUCGAGGAUGUUUUUUUGAUGGAGACUGCCCUGGAGGAGAAAAAUGCUGUAUAUUUGAGUCGGGGUCUGCGUGUGUGCCGCCUGUUUCCAUGGAUAGAAUUAUUCAGCAGUCAUUGAUGAAGCCAGGACUGUGUCCACCCCCAACCUAUGGAAGAUCGUGUACCACAUUCUGUAACGGUGACUCUGACUGUCCCAACAAUGAGAAGUGCUGCAGCAAUGGAUGUGGUCAUUACUGUACAGCUCCAUAUACAGUGAAGCCAGGUCAGUGUCCCAAACCGAAGAAAACUCCAGAAUGUGCUGAAAGCUGUUUCCAUGAUGGCCAGUGUCCUUCCACACAGAAAUGUUGCCCAACCACCUGGGGCCAUGCAUGUAGUGAAGCAAAUGAUCUAGAACAUGAUCAGGGAAGUGUUCACGCAAGUGUUCAUGUAAGUGUUCAGUCAGAUGAUCAUGGAACUGGUUCUGGAAGCGCUCAGGGAAGUAGUUCUGGAAGUAGUUAUGGAAGUGGAAGCGCUCAGGGAAGUAGUUCUGGAAGUAGUUAUGGAAGUGGAAGCGCUCAGGGAAGUAGUUCUGGAAGUGGAUCAGAUCAUGGAAGUGGUCAGGCUCAGGGAAGUAGCUCUGCAAGUAGUUCUGGGAGUGGUCAGGAUCAGGGAAGUAGCUCUGCAAGUAGUUCUGGGAGUGGUCAGGCUCAGGGAAGUAGUUCUGGAAGUGGAUCAGAUCAGGGAAGCGGUCAGGCUCAGGGAAGUAGCUCUGCAAGUAGUUCUGGAAGUGGUCAGGAUCAGGGAAGUAGCUCUGCGAGUAGUUCUGGAGGUGGUCAGGAUCAGGGAAGUAGCUCUGCGAGUAGUUCUGGAAGUGGUCAGGCUCAGGGAAGUAGUUCUGGAAGUGGUCAGGAUCAGGGAAGUAGCUCUGCAAGUAGUUCGGGAAGUGGUCGGGCUCAGGGAAGUAGUUCUGGAAGUGAUCAUGGAAGUGGUCAGGCUCAGGGAAGUAGCUCUGCGAGUAGUUCUGGAAGUGGUCAGGAUCAGGGAAGUAGCUCUGCGAGUAAUCAGGGAAGCGGUCAGGCUCAGGGAAGUAGCUCUGCAAGUAGUUCUGGAAGUGGAAGCAGUCAGGCUCAGGGAAGUAGUUCUGGAAGUGGAGGUAGUUAUGUUUUUGUGUCAAUAUAACUAAUGAUGAUGGCGAUUUCUAAAUAAAUGCAUAAAAAAAGAAA